CCCCUCCCGACGCCUCUCCGAGCUGCCGGCUGCUCGCCAGCUCCGCUGCCUCUGCUCCCUGCUCCGGCCUCGCCGCCCCACGCCGCCGCCAUGAGCCAGUCCUACUCCUCCAGCCAGCGGGUCUCUUCCUACCGCCGCACCUUUGGCGGCGCCUCCCCGGUCUUCUCCCGCGCCUCCUUUGGGGGCAAGGGCAGCAGCGGCAGCUCUGUCACCUCCCGUGUCUACCAGGUGUCCCGCACCUCAGCUGUCCCCAGCCUGUCCAGCUUCCGCACCACCCGUGUGACGCCCCUGCGCUCCUACCAAAGCUCCUACCAAGGUGCCGGUGAGCUGCUGGACUUCAGCCUGGCCGAUGCCAUGAACCAGGAGUUCCUCCAGACCCGCACUAAUGAGAAAGUGGAGCUGCAGGAGCUCAAUGACCGCUUUGCCAACUACAUCGAGAAGGUGCGCUUCUUGGAGCAGCAGAAUGCCCUCAUGGUGGCCGAGGUGAACCGCCUGCGGGGCAAGGAGCCCACCCGCGUGGCUGAGAUGUACGAGGAGGAGCUGCGGGAACUCCGGCGCCAGGUGGACCUGCUCACCAGUCAGCGGGCUCGUGUCGAAGUUGAGCGUGACAACCUGCUUGAUGACCUGCAGAAGCUCAAGCAAAGGCUGCAAGAGGAGAUCCAGCUGAAGGAGGAGGCUGAGAACAACCUGGCUGCUUUCAGAGCCGACGUGGAUGCAGCCACGCUGGCACGCAUUGACCUGGAAAGACGCAUCGAGUCCCUGCAGGAGGAGAUCGCCUUCCUCAAGAAGGUGCAUGAAGAGGAAAUCCGGGAACUGCAGGCUCAGCUGCAGGAGCAGCACAUCCAGGUGGAGAUGGACAUCUCCAAACCCGACCUGACGGCUGCGCUGCGGGACAUCCGCGCCCAGUAUGAGAACAUUGCUGCCAAGAACAUCGCCGAGGCUGAGGAGUGGUACAAGUCCAAGGUGUCUGACCUGACACAGGCAGCCAACAAGAACAACGACGCGCUGCGGCAGGCAAAACAGGAGAUGCUGGAGUACCGGCACCAGAUCCAGUCCUACACCUGCGAGAUUGAUGCCCUCAAGGGCACGAACGACUCACUAGUGCGCCAGAUGCGGGAGAUGGAGGAGCGCUUUGCAGGGGAGGCUGGUGGGUACCAGGACACCAUUGCCCGUCUGGAGGAGGAGAUCCGGCACCUGAAGGACGAGAUGGCCCGGCACCUGCGUGAGUACCAGGACCUGCUCAACGUCAAGAUGGCCUUGGACGUGGAGAUCGCCACAUACCGCAAGCUGCUGGAGGGCGAGGAGAACCGGAUCAGCAUCCCCAUGCACCAGACCUUCGCCUCUGCACUCAAUUUCCGAGAGACCAGCCCAGAGCAGCGUGGCUCCGAGGUGCACACCAAAAAGACCGUGAUGAUCAAAACCAUCGAAACCCGUGAUGGGGAGGUGGUGAGCGAGGCAACCCAGCAGCAGCAUGAAGUGCUGUAGAGGAGGCUGCUCUGACAGCCCACCGGCACCUUCUGUCCCUGCCUCCGUCCCGCCGCCAAGCCCUCUUCCUGUCCCCCAACCUGCCCCCUGGUGCUCCCCCGGCACAGCUGCCUCCGUGCCCCCAGCAACCCCUGGGCUCUCUCCUUCGGCUUCAAAAGGCUCGCUCUGCUUUUGCAGCUUCGCAGCAGCAACGCCAGUGUCAGGAUCAGGCCCGGGCCUGGGGGGGGGUGGCGGCAGGAGGGAGGGAGGGGACAGGGAGGAGGGGCUGGGGGGAGCAGGUGGUGGCCUGGGCUAGCUCUCCAGGGAGCUGGACGGUCCCAGCAGCAGGUUCUGGAUCCCCCACAGACCCCUCCCCGUGCCGGGCAUGGGCUUGGAGGUCAUCCUGCAGGAGCGGGGACCUGUCCUCUGCAGCUGGCACUUCUCUGGGUGCAUGGCGGUGAUUCCAGGGAUGGGGAGAAGUGGGGUCCGGGCUAAGCCCCCUAUUCUCCGUCCGGCUCGGAGCCAGGGUGCUCCCAACCUGCGCGUCCCCCCCAGCCCAGGGGGGCUGGGGCCCUGCAUUCCCCCUGCCUGAGAGGCAGCCCUGUGGGGCAGAGGAGGGCAGUGCCCACCCCCCAUCCCCCAUCGUGGGGACCCCCAGCAGCAGGACGCUGCGCAGGGCCAGGCUCGUGAGCCGAGAGGGUACCUGUAGGUGGACACAGGAGAGAGGAGGAGUGAGUGAGUGGGAGAGAGGGGGGAGAGAAGAAGAGGAGCCGGAGAGAGGCCCGGGGGCCAGGGCAGGCGUCCCCACCCCUUGCCCCACUGCAUCCCCACCCCACUGCAUCCACAUGACUCUUCAGGUGGCUGAAAUAAACAGCGGAGCAUCA